UUUAUUAUGUAGCAAGGAUCACGACUGAAAGAAGCUACCGAAGGAACAAUAUCCCAGUUUGGAAAUAAGAUAGGAGGUCCUUUUAAGAUAGGAAAGCCUGUAUUCUAAGAGAAGAGAUUAAAAUUAUUUACAGAAAUUUAUCAACGUCAACAGGCAGAAUUAAAGCAGUUGGAAUAGACACCAAUAAAGAUUAUACUCAAAGAUGGAAAACAAAUUGAAGGUUAGAAGUAUUUUUAAAUUUUAGGUAAAAAAUGGGUUACAACACCACUCUAAAUUGCAGUAGGAAUAAGCAAGAAAUUAGCUGAAAAUAUAGUUGCUGCAAAAGUAAUCUAUGAAACUUUAUUUGAAAAAAGUAUUCAUAAUUAAAUAGAAUAGGUUUCGUGGAUGUUGACCAUGAGGAGACCUCUAGUCAAGCAUCUUCAACAUUAAGUUUAAAACCUGAUUACUUAAUUUGGGAUUUGACAAGACCUUUAGAAGGAGAUUGUAGUUUAGAAUUGUUACCAUUUGAUGAUAAAAAUGGACAAGAAGUAUUUUGGCAUUCCUCUGCUCAUAUUCUAGGAUCUGCUUUAGAGGAAGUUUAUGGAUGUCAUCUUUGUAUUGGUCCAGCAAUAGAAGGGGGAUUCUUUUAUGAUUGUUACUUAGGUGAUAUUAAGGUUACAUAGAAUGAUUAUGUAAAAAUAGAAAAGGCUGCUUAAGAUUUAGUUUCUGCAAAAUAAGAGUUUUAGAGAGCUAUUUUAACAAAAGAGGAAUGGUAAAGACAUUAUAUAUAUUUAGUCUUGAGAUCUUCGGAAAUAAUCCAUUUAAAAGACAAUUGAUUACUAACAAGAUACCAGAUGGUUCUUUGACUACAGCAUAUAGAUGUGGAAAUUUAAUAGACUUAUGUACUGGUCCUCAUUUACCAAAUACAAGUUAUGUGAAGGCAUUUUAAAUAACAAAAAAUUCAGCAGCAUAUUGGUUAGGGAAAAACAUUAAUGAUGAUUUAUAAAGAGUUUAUGGUAUUUCAUUUCCAAAUAAGAAAUUAUUGGAUGAAUAUGUGAAAAUAUAAAAAGAAUUAGCAUUGAGAGAUCAUAGAAAUGUAGGAAAGAAAUAAAAUUUAUAUUUGUUUCAUUAAUUAUCUCCUGGAUCAGCAUUUUUUUAUCCUAAUGGUGCUCAUAUUUAUAAUACAUUAAUGAAUUUUUUGAGACGACAAUAUUAUAUAAGAGGAUAUUAGGAAGUAAUAUCUCCAAAUAUUUUUAAUGCUUAAUUAUGGAAGAUAAGUGGUCAUUAUGAUAAAUAUAAGGAGAAUUUAUUUUUUAUAAAUAUGGGAGAGGAAGGAGAAUAUGGAUUAAAACCAAUGAAUUGUCCUGGACAUUGUUUAAUGUUUGAUAUGGUUUAGCAUAGUUAUAGAGAUUUGCCAAUAAGAUUUGCAGAUUUUGGAGUUCUACAUAGAAAUGAAGUACAUGGAGCAUUAAGUGGUUUAACAAGAGUACGUAGAUUUUAAUAGGAUGAUGCACAUAUUUUUUGUAGAAUGGAUUAAAUUUAGGAUGAAAUUAAGAAUUGUCUAGAUUUUUUAAGUUACAUUUAUUCAUUGUUUGGAUUUGAAUUCAAAUUAUAUUUAAGUACUCGUCCUGAAAAGUUUUUGGGAACAAAGGAUGUAUGGGAUAAUGCUGAAUAUUAAUUAGAAUAAGGAUUAAAGAAAUUUGGAAAGCAUUUUGAAGUCAAUCCAGGUGAUGGAGCAUUUUAUGGACCAAAAAUAGAUGUUAAAUUAUAUGAUGCAUAUAAAAGAGAACAUUAAUGUGGUACAAUAUAACUAGAUUUUAAUUUACCUGAGAGAUUUAAUUUAUAAUAUAGAGCUAGUGAAGAUGUUCAUGAAGUAUAAUAAGAUAAGGAGACUGUUCAUAAUUAAUAAAUAUAGGUAGCUUAAGAAAUAAUAGAUAUUCAUAGAAAAGAAUCUCAUUAAUCAGAUCCUGGAGAUGGUGAUAUUUUAAGUACUCCUCCUCGUCAUGGUCAAUAAUAAAAUGAAUAACCAGGAGAUUUAUAGCUUUAAUCUAGUCAUUCUUUUUAAUCAGAUAAGGUAUUAGAGUAAUAACAGCAAUAAUUUUAAUAAUUGUAAUUAUAAUAACAUUCUCAUUCUGCAUCAAGUUUAUUACAUAAAAAGUAAAAAUUACCUGAAGAAUUAUUAGAGUCUGGAUCAAGCUAAGGAUUAUCAAAUCAUGAAUUACAUAAAGUAUUACAUGGUAUUUAUAUAUAUUUAUUAUUCAUAUAGAAAAGAAAUAUGAAUUAGGAUAUCAUCAUUUAAAAGCAGGUUUUGCAAGACCAGUAAUUGUUCAUAGAGCUAUAUUGGGUUCAUUAGAAAGAAUGAUUGCAGUAUUAACAGAAUAAAGUGGUGGUAAAUGGCCUUUUUGGUUAUCACCUAAAUAAUUGAUUUUAUGUCCUGUUUCUGCCUAUUAUAAGGAUGUUGCAGAAAAGAUUUCAGCUAGAUUAAGAUUAGAAGGUUAUACUGUAAGUACUGAUGAAUCAGAUCAAACUUUGGCUAAAAAAGUUAGAAAUGCUUAAAUUCAAUACUUCAAUUUUGUUGGAGUUAUUGGAGAAGAAGAAGUACGUGUUGGUGUUAUUGAUAUUAGAGACUGUGAUAAAAAUACUAGAAUUGUAUAACUAUUAUCUUAUUUUAGGGUAAAUUAACUAUUCCAUAAUUAUGCAAAUUCUUUGAAUCUCUAAAACCUCCUAAAUCCAAUAUUGAAAUUGAAAUUCACUAGCAUGAUGACACUCAUCUUAAAUUAAAUGAUGAAUUAUUAGAAAAAGUAUUUCUUCAUGGAGAUGGUUUCAUUGUUGGACCGAGAGAUUAUGAAGAGUUUGCUAAAAUUAAAGAUAUUGAUCCAGCUCUAUAAAAUUUAAUUAGAUGGCAUAAACAUAUGACUUUCCUAACUAAAUAGGAUUAAUCAAAAUUAUAAUAAGAAUGA